ACCUCCCUGUUUUCAACAUGGCAGGCAGUAAGUUGGUGCUGGAAGGGAGGAUAAGUAUUACAAGCUUUCUAUUAGGUCUUGGCGUGAUACUAAUACCGCUGUUUGUAAAGUUCGGCUCCCAUGUGGACUGGAUAUUCGAUUACCUCACGGGUGUGAACGGGAAAAUAGCCAUUGCGCUUUAUAUUACAGUUCUCAACGGCUUCCUGCUAAUCAUUUACAAGGGACCCCUGUACAAGGUCGCUGUGCGAGCUUGCUUUCUAGGAUUUGUCUUCGGAUGUGGCUUGAUCAUAAGUUUUGCAGACACGACAUGGACACACUUUGGCUGGUACAUGUGUUCCCUGACAUUCUUCCACUACUCUGAAUACCUGGUCACAGCCAUCAUCAACCCUCGCAGUCUGUCUCUAGACUCCUUCCUGCUCAACCAUAGUGUUGAAUACACCGUAGCAGCAAUCUCUUCCUGGAUGGAGUUUAUUGUGGAAAAGCUGCUUGUUCCAGAGCUGAAGCAGCUGAACUGGAUCUGUUUUGUGGGAUUAAUAAUGGUGUUAUGUGGAGAAGGUCUGCGCAAGUCUGCAAUGCUGACGGCGGGAUCCAACUUCAACCACAUAGUGCAGAACGAGAAAGCUCACAGCCACGUGCUGGUCACCAACGGCGUCUAUUCAUUCUUCAGACACCCCUCAUAUGUGGGCUGGUUCUACUGGAGCAUCGGUACUCAGAUAAUGCUUGGCAACCCGUUAUGCCUCCUGGCCUACACACUGGCUAGCUGGCGGUUCUUCAAGGAACGUGUAGAGGAAGAGGAGAUUUCUCUCAUCCAUUUCUUUGGAGAGGACUACAUCGAGUAUAAAAAGAGAGUCCCGACUGGUUUGCCCUUCAUCUCAGGCAUCAGGGUAAACUCCUAAAAGACUGGGACAAAGAGAGAAAUACGGAAACGUCUAGCGCACUCCUGGACACUUCCUGGACUGGCACUGUGAGUGAACUGGUCACCCGGUGACCACCUGGCUCACGUUAAUGCCAAGGGAAAUGAGGGGACAAGGUGCAGAGAGACUGGCCUGUUGAUCUGCUCUGAGACACAAUGGUUCACCCUGAGCAGGGUGGAGCUUCUACCUCGACGCAACUCAGACCAUAAACACACACAAACACAAGGCUAUAAAGUCUCUCAGCACUCCCCUGCAUUAUCACUAGUCACACUGUCUCUCUCAUAUCAUAUAAUACUUUUACAUCUUCAUACAGAUCUGUUCUGCAUCUCUAUUCAUCAUCCGUCCAAUUUCUGUCAUUUUGUGUUAGUUCAUUAUUUGUUUUGGGUCUGUUUUGUUUUUUUAAACCUGUCAUAGAACAAGAUUUAGAAUUGAAAGCUGAUGAAACUGCAGCAAGGUUGUACGGUGGGUUUACUGGGAAAAGUCUACUGCAAAUCAAUAUUACAUUCAACCUGCCUUAUACCAAAUAGAACAGACAUGUACCAGAUUUUAUUUAUUUCACAGGAAAGCUUGAGCACUCUCCUAGUAAAUAAAUUAGUAUUUUACA